GAUUUAUAUUGAGGAUGAGUGGUGACGGAACAGUUCCACCAAAUGUCUUUCUGCAACCACAGACAACGAUAGGAGCUCAGGAUCUAUUAAUGCUAGGAGUCAAAUAUUAUGGAUUCAUCCGAAAACGCGGGCAACUAGAGAGAACCUUAGAAAGUCUGCCGGUUAUAAAAUUAAUUAUAACGAAAUGGCGUCAAAAGUUUGCAGUGAUUUCCAAGGGGUGUUUAUACGUUUAUAACGAUGAGUUUUCUACGUCGCCGUUCCAAUCAGUAUCACUCAGGGGAUACGACCAUGUUGUGAGAGAAAAAGAAAAUUACUCCGAACGCAUGAAAAGCUUUAAACUUUACUCCAAAGAACAACCGGGACGCAAACAGUUUAUAUUCGGUUCCGCAACUGAUGGCGAUCGGAAGAAAUGGAUGAAAAGUCUUAAAGAAGAAAUGAUGUUAGCCAAUGAAGCUGAAGAUGAAGAUGAUGAUUCAGAAAGUGGACUCGGACCGACCGGUGACGACGAACCGGAAGAUGAAUACACUUACCUUGAAAAACAGGUUAAGAUCAAAGUUUAUCCUCCUGUGAUACCUCCUAGACCACAAGCCUCAAAACCAAAAACCAACAGGAAACUACCAGAACCAGGAUUCGAUCAGGAAUCUGAUGAUUCAGACUACGAUAAGAUAGCUGAGGGAGAAUUGUCAAUCAUAAGGGGAAGACCACCUUUACCAGAAAUCCCGAAAGAUGAACAAAAGACUACAAAAGAUCAUUUGUCACAGAAGCCAAAGGCUGCAAAACCUCUACCGGCAGCAAAACCUAAUCUUCGGAGACAAGUAUCCAAGGACGACUUCAUGUUCGAUAGUUCAGAUCGUGUGCAAGUGGAAACAAUUCUUUCAAAAAAAACGCAAGGAACGUAUUUAGUCAGGAAGUCAAGAUCCAACGAUAAUGAGGUAUUGUCGGUGCAAACUGUUGACGGCAUGAAAGAAUUCAAAAUAUUCCGAAAGGAUGGGCAGUACAGUAUUGAUCACAAAAAUUCCUUCAAGACCUUAGAACGCCUUGUAGAGCACUAUAGUAAAGAAAAGCUUCCAAAUCGCCCUGAGUCACUUAGUAGAGGGUACAGCUGUACCGAUCUAUCGGUACCUAUGUAA